AUGCCGGAGCCAACGUUGAAAAGGAAAAAAAGCCAAGAGCAUCUUGAGUACGAUUUGGCGCAGCUUCUCAAGGUCAAAAAUAUCCAGGGUUUUAUCAGAGCACAUGUUGCCAAUUAUGACAGAAACGACCUUACGAAAUUACAGGAUUUGUACAAUAGCGCACAGUCUGAGCAGGAAUAUCAGGAAAUGAUAGAAAGAUUGGCUGAUAAACUGACUCAAAAAGUUGAAGGAGACCUCCCGAAAACCUUCGAGCAGACUGUCAAUAUCGUUGAAGAGGAAGAGAAGAAAAUUGUGAAAGAGAGGCAGAAACAGAAUGCUUCUAGUUCUGGGCCCGCUGACGGCUCAACAGACGCGCCGAGUACGCAUCCAAAUCCGCCUGCUCCUACAACUUCUGGGGGCCAGGCAUCAGUACCUGCAAGUUCUACGAGUGAACAAGGCCAAGGAAAUCCUGUCGGUCCUGCGGACCAAACUACACCCACUGCUCCUGGGAAUACAUCGACACCCCCUAAUCCGGGGCAUGAUCAGACUACAGACCCUCAAAAUCAAGCUAACCCGCACGUAUCUCCUCCAUCAGGGGGUACACCGAGUCCAUCUAUCCCUGUAAAUAAUCGUGCUACAAGCUCCUUGCCCCAGUCCGGCCCCUCAGCUCCAGCGAAUCAACCCGCAUCUCCUAACACUGGGGACACGUCAAAAUCUGGACAUGCGGAUUCACAGAUUCCCUCUAAUAAGUUGCCACGCAACGAUACAAUGAGCACAAAAGUCGAAACUGUGUUUUCGAACGAUGGUAAAUCAUCAAAGAGCUCUGAAACAAGCGCCGGGUCGUCGGUCCAUGGCAACAACGGGGCCCAGGAGCCCGAUAUGACACAUCGUCUCCCGCCUCAGGAAGAUCUAGAACAGGAGUAUGCAGCAUAUGCAGAGGAGUUCAUUCGGCGAAAUUUCAAGGGGCUUCUUGAUCCCAACACCCCGAAUUUUAAAGAGAUGAUGCGAACUGCAGCUCGAAAGGCGAAAGACAUAAUGAAGAAGUAUGAUAUAACUCCUGAAGACGCGAAGAAGGUCACGAAACUCGCAUUGUACGAUUUUGCGAUCUUGUGCGAUGACAGCUCCUCAAUGAUGUAUUAUGGUAACGAAAAGAUGGAGGACCGUGUUACUCCGUUGAAAGAUGCCCUUGGGAGAAUUUCCGAGAUGGCAACUAUCAUUGAGCCAUCUGGAAUAUCACUUCGAUUCUUAAAUUACGAAAACGACUGGUGUGGCUGGGACAAUAUGAAGAGCAGGGACGUAAUUUAUCGAAGAUUUGUGGAGGUAGAGGACAUCUGGGGUGGUUGGACACAAUUAGGGACGGUUCUCGAGGAAAAAAUAAUUCAACCAAUGGUAAUGGAUAAAGUUCGCAAUGGUACAUUCGUGAAGCCUUUGAUUGUAGUGGUGAUUACAGAUGGGCAGCCGUUCGGGGAACCUGAAGAUGCUUUCAAAGAAGCGGUUCUCAGGUGCAAAAGAUCUAGGGAGGUGACGGACUAUGGUGAAGCAUCUGUUAUUUUCAUUAUCUCUCGAGUUGGCAGCGAUGAAAACGCCCACGCUUUCCUUUCCGGGCUUAAAAGGAGUAAAGAACUGAGGGAGUGGGUAUAUUGUAAUAUGGAUAGACUGGACGAUAACUCGGCUAUAAUGCAGCGAGCUGCGAUAGUGGGCGAGGCCCAAAAUGACAAGGAUUAUGCAAAAAAGUUACUUCAAGUCUUCCUCGCGGCUCUUGGCCAGCAGACUAAAUAG